AUGGAUACUCUUCCAUUAAUUAUAUACAUAAGUAUAUUGAUCAAAACGGCAGAAUCCCUUGUUGGCUCAAAAUGCAAGUUACCGACAAAUUCAUGUAAUAUGGAGGGCAAGAGUGGUUUUACAUGCAAAUCUGGUGUCUGUGUUUGCGAUGCUGACUAUUAUUCUAUUGAAGAAAACUGUGAGCGCAAGGAUGACUUGAAGCCUAAAAACAUUAGUAUAUCAGAUAUAACAUCAUCUAGUUUUAAGUUAUCAUGGAUAGAAAAAAUAGUGAACAGUACAAUGAGAUAUCUGAUAUUAAGUAAUAAGAUAAACCGAACUAUAAACAAUGGUUCAAUAACCUCUAUUACAAUAAACGGUUUAACACCAAGUACUCAAUAUACAAAUAUAACAGUAGAGGCCGAGAUUCGGACUAGAUCUGGUACAUUAACUGUGUCUUCUGAAGGUGUCACAGUACUUACAGAAAAAGAGGUGUCUUCAGUCAUACCAAUAACAGUAGCUGUUGUUUUGAGUGUCCUUGGUAUAUUUACCUAUAUUUUAAAGUCUGUUUAUGAUCGUUUCUUUUCCAAAAGGCUUAAAAUCGUCUUCUGGAAUUUACUACUGCCUGAAACUAAAUAUAAAGGAAAAGAGGUGUCCUGGGAAGGGGGUUGUUGUCAUAACGCCAGAAGGAUUGUUCACCAUGAGGCCUCACGCGGGAUUACAUUAGAUCUGAAAUGGAGAAUAGAUGGGUUUGAAAAUCAAAAUAUCCCUGUAUAUAAUAUAGACAGUAAUAAAACUACCCCUGUAUAUAAUAUAGACAGUAAUAAAACUACCCCUGUAUAUAAUAUAGACAGUAAUAAAACUACCCCUGUAUAUAAUAUAGAAAGUAAUAAAACUAUCCCUGUAUAUAAUAUAGACAGUAAUAACACUACCCCUGUAUAUAAUAUAGACGGUAAUAAAACUAUCCCUGUAUAUAAUAUAGACAGUAAUAAAACUACCCCUGUAUAUAAUAUAGACAGUAAUAAAACUACCCCUGUAUAUAAUAUAGACAGUAAUAAAACUACCCCUGUAUAUAAUAUAGACAGUAAUAAAACUACCCCUGUAUAUAAUAUAGACAGUAAUAAAACUACCCCUGUAUAUAAUAUAGACAGUAAUAAAACUACCACUGUAUAUAAUAUAGACAGUAAUAAAACUACCCCUGUAUAUAAUAUAGACAGUAAUAAAACUACCCCUGUAUAUAAUAUAGGCAGUAAUAAAACUACCCCUGUAUAUAAUAUAGACAGUAAUAAAACUACCCCUGUAUGUAGACAUGAUAAAACUACCCCUAUAUAUAAUAUAGACAGUAAUAAAACUACCCCUGUAUAUAAUAUAGACGGUAAUAAAACUAUCAUCCCUGUAUAUAAUAUAGACAGUAAUAAAACUAUCAUCCCUGUAUAUAAUAUAGACAGUAAUAAAAGUGCCUCUGUAUAA